GAAAUGCAGAGCGAGUGUCGAGUCGCCCGGACCUCUGUCCUGCUAGCCAGCUUCAGCCUGCUGCUUUUAGCAACGGGAGUGAGCUCGGCGGAACAGUCCGGGUUGAGCAAUUACUCGUUUCCAGAUGAAUUUAUGUUUGGAGUCGCGUCGGCCGCGUUCCAGAUAGAGGGCGGCUGGAAUGCUGGGGGCAAAGGAGAGGGUAUGUGGGACACAUACCUGCACAAGCACCCGCAGUUCACCGUAGAUCAUUCCAACGGUGACAUAGCCGCGGACUCGUACCACAAGUACAAGCAAGACGUCAUCAUGGUCAAAUCGCUGGGAGUUCAGUACUACCGACUAUCAAUAUCAUGGCCAAGAAUUUUACCGCACGGCACCGCCAACUACAUAAGUAAAGAUGGCGUAAGGUACUAUCGGGCAUUAUUCGACGAGCUGAUCAAGGCGAACAUAACACCAGUGGUGACGCUGUUCCACUGGGAUAUGCCGACCGUUUUCAUGGACCUAGGCGGUUGGACGAAUCCCAAAGUGGUGGACUACUUCGUGGACUACGCGCGAGUUGCUUUCGAGCUGUUCGGAGAUGUAGUCAAGAUCUGGACUACGAUGAACGAGCUGCAUAUUCAUUGUUAUCAAGGCUAUGGGCUGGAUGUCUUCGUACCCGCGAUGAAUCUAAGGGGAAUUGCGGAGUAUCUGUGCUCUCACAACAUGCUGUUGGGACACGCUCGCGCCUACCAUCUCUAUGAUAAGGAGUUCAGGCCACAUCAGAAAGGUAAAAUUGGUGUAACAUUAGAUGCUUUCUUUGCCGAACCAAAAGACAGCAACAAACAAGAAGACGUAGAAGCGGCAGAGAGAUAUCUUCAAAUGCGGUUGGGCUUGUACGCGCACCCGAUAUACUCUGAGUCCGGCAACUACCCGGAUUUGGUACGUGAGCGGAUUGCCAACAUCAGCAGGCAGCAGGGGUUCUCGCGAUCACGACUGCCGGAGUUCACACCUGAGGAGGUGGAAAUGGUUAAGGGUACCUCGGACUUCUUCGGGCUGAACCACUACACCACUUACCAGAUGUCACCUUCGGAGAUGGAGGAGGACUGGCAGGUGCCGUCCAUGGACCACGACGUCGGAGUCAAGAUGGCGCCGGACCCGAGCUGGCCUAUACCUGGCUGUUCGUGGCUGGCGGUCUACCCGCCCGGCUUCCGGAAACUACUUAAUUGGAUAACAGACAAUUACGGAACUAAAAUACCGAUUGUUGUCACCGAAAACGGCGUCUGUGACGGCGGGGAGCUUAACGAUUACACCCGAGUAUCGUAUUUCAACAACUACCUGAAUCAGAUGCUGCUGGCAAUGAACGAAGACGGGUGCAACGUCCAGGGUUACUUUGCGUGGACGCUCAUGGACGAUUUUGAAUGGAGCGACGGUUAUACGGUGAAGUUUGGUCUGUUCCACGUCGAUUUCAAAAGCCCAAAGAGGACGAGAACUCCGAAAUUGUCAGCCAUCAACUUCCACGAAAUCGCAGUCACCAGAAGAGUCAACUUCGACUUCAUAAAAAUACCCUCAUACAAAUACAACGCCUUUUACAGGAUAGACUAAGUUUAGGUUAAUUAAUUUAUUUUA